AUGCGUUUCUCAAUCUUCACCGCCGCUACCGCCGCUCUCGCUGGCUCCGCUGCCGCCGUCGACCAUCUUGUUGUCGUCGGUAACGGCACCCUUACCUUCGAGCCCGCGAACGUUACCGCUGCCGAGGGCGACACCGUUACCUUCAAGUUCUGGCCCAAGAGCCACUCGGUCGCCCAGGCUGCUUUCGCUUCGCCCUGCACACCCAUGGCGAACGGCUUCUGGUCCGGUUUCAUCCCCAGCGAGAAGGGCGCCGCCAUGGAGACCUUCAUGAUCAACAUCACCAACGCCUCGCAGCCGCUCUGGUACUACUGCUCCCGCGGAAACCACUGCCAGGAGGGCAUGGUCGGUGUCAUCAACGCACCUAAGAGCGGCCAGAAGACCCUCGCUGCUUUCGCCGAAGCC